CUAAUUGAAAACGUUAUUCCCAAACGGGUCCAAUUCUUUAGAAAAUUGUUUGGUGUUUGUCUUUGAACUCCAUUGACUUGCACAAAUGGUGAGAAAUGGAAAAUUGGCUGUGCCGUCGGCGGUAAAUUUUGUCUGGGAGAGAAUUUCUGUUUAAAAAAUAUACCACCAUCUCUGCCGCACCCGUGAUACUUUUCCAUUUCUCUCUCUCUCUAAACUUUCGAACUCCUGAAGCUCUGACCUCCAACCAGAAGAUCCUAGCCCGAUAUUAUUUCCCAGAAUCUAGGGUUUUCUCGCCCCCCUAUAUCCUCGCCCGAUCUCCUAGAUUGGCUGCGAUCUACUGAGUUGAAGUUCGGUUGAAGUUUAGAGAGUUGAUUUUGAGAAGGAUGGACGCGAUCGAGGAGUUGUCCGAGCUUUCCGAGUCGAUGCGGCAAGCAGCGUCCUUGCUUGCCGACGAAGACAUAGACGAAACCUCGUCGUCCUCCUCCAAGCGGCCGUCGACUUUCCUCAAUGUCGUGGCUCUCGGGAACACUAGUGCUGGCAAAUCAGCUGUAUUGAAUAGUCUAAUUGGACAUCCUGCUUUGCCAACGGGUGAAGGUGGUGCUACACGCGCUCCUAUAUGCAUUGAUUUAAAGCGAGAUAGUACUAUGAGCAACAAAUCAAUAGUGUUGCAGAUUGACAGUAAAUCUCAACAAGUAUCUGCAAGUGCUCUUAGGCACUCUUUGCAAGAUAGACUAAGCAAGAUUUCGAGCAAGAGUCGGGAUGAGAUAUAUUUGAGGCUUCGAACAAGUACAGCACCUCCUUUGAAACUGGUUGAUUUGCCUGGUGUAGAUAAAGGGAAUCUUGAUGAUUCUUUGAGUGAAUAUGUCCAACACAAUGAUGCAAUCUUACUGGUCGUAAUACCUGCUGCUCAGGCUCCAGAAGUUGCCUCAUCAAAAGCUAUCAGAAUUGCAAAAGAAUAUGAUGCUGAAUGUACCAGAACUGUUGGUGUCAUCACUAAGAUAGAUCAAGCUGCUUCUGAACAAAAAGUACUUGCUGCUGUUCAAGCUCUUUUGUUGAAUCAGGGACCACGAAGUACGUCUGAUAUACCUUGGGUUGCCUUGAUUGGGCAUUCUGUUUCCAUAGCUUCUGCCCAAGCUGGAAGCGUUGGAUCUGAUAAUUCAUUGGAGACUGCAUGGAGGGCUGAGAGUGAGAGUCUAAAAUCUAUUCUGACCGGAGCCCCACAAAGCAAGUUAGGCAGAUUAGCUCUGGUGGAGACACUUGCUCACCAGAUUAGAAGUCGUAUGAAAAUCAGACUUCCAAAUCUUCUUUCAGGGCUUCAUGGGAAGUCUCAAGUUAUUCAAGACGAGUUGGUAAGGCUUGGUGAACAAAUGGUUCAAAGUGCUGAAGGUAGUAGAGCUUUAGCACUUGAGCUUUGCCGUGAAUUUGAGGAUAAGUUUCUGCUACAUAUUACAGGUGGUGAGGGUGCUGGCUGGAAAGUAGUUGCAAGCUUCGAAGGGAACUUCCCCAACAGGAUCAAACAACUUCCCUUGGAUAGACAUUUUGAUAUUAAUAAUGUCAAGAGGAUUGUAUUAGAAGCAGAUGGGUAUCAACCCUACCUCAUUUCUCCUGAGAAAGGGUUAAGAUCUUUAAUAAAAGGUGUUCUAGAGCUUGCAAAAGAGCCUUCCCGUCUUUGUGUAGAUGAGGUCCACCGGGUACUUGUUGAUAUUGUAUCAGCUGCUGCAAAUGCUACACCUGGUCUUGGAAGAUAUCCACCUUUCAAGCGAGAGUUGGUGGAAAUUGCAAUUACUGCCCUGGAGGGGUUUAAAAAUGAAUCAAAGAACAUGGUAGUUGCACUUGUUGACAUGGAGAGGGCAUUUGUUCCCCCACAGCACUUUAUUCGCCUAGUGCAAAGGCGGAUGGAGAGACAACGCCGUGAGGAAGAAGUUAAGACUCGCUCAUCUAAGAAGGGAGCUGAUGCUGAGCAGUCAAUAUUUAACCGGUCAACUAGUCCUCAAACUGGAGGCCAACAAAAUGGUGGAAACUUAAAAGCAAUGAAAGAAAAAUCAGGUCAGUCAGAUAAAGAAGCACAGGAAGGCCCAACCUUGAAGACUGCAGGAGCCGAGGGGGAGAUAACAGCAGGAUUCAUUUUGAAGAAAAGUGCCAAAACUAAUGGAUGGAGUCGGCGUUGGUUUGUUUUGAAUGAAAAAACUGGAAAGCUUGGUUACACCAAAGCACAAGAAGAGCGAAAUUUUCGUGGUGUCAUAACCUUGGAGGAAUGCAAUCUUGAAGAAGUGUCGGAUGAAGAAGAACCUCCUGCCAAAAGUUCCAAAAGCAAGAAGGCCAAUGGUCCUGAUGUUGGAAAAGGACCUAGUCUUACAUUCAAGCUCACGAGUCGGGUUCCGUAUAAAACUGUUUUGAAAGCUCAUAGCGCUGUUCUCUUAAAGGCUGAAAGUUUGGCUGAUAAAUCUGAAUGGUUAAAUAAAUUGCGAAAUGUGAUAAGUUCUAAAGGAGGUCAAGUGAAGGGAGAAUCUGCACCUACAAUGAGGCAAAGCCUUUCUGAUAGUUCUCUUGAAACAAUGACUCGAAGACCCGCUGACCCUGAAGAAGAGCUUCGAUGGAUGGCACAGGAAGUGCGAGGAUACGUUGAAGCAGUUCUAAACAGUCUUGCAGCAAAUGUUCCUAAAGCAGUUGUUCUUUGUCAAGUAGAAAAGGCCAAAGAAGACAUGCUAAAUAAAUUGUACAGUUCUGUCAGCGCCCGGAGUUCCGCAAAGAUUGAAGAAUUGCUGCAGGAGGACCAGAAUGUUAAACAGAGGAGACAACGCUUUGAGAAACAAUCUUCUCUUCUUUCAAAGCUUACUAGGCAACUUAGUAUUCAUGAUAAUCGAGCAGCAGCUGCCUCCUACUCCAUUGGUGGUGAAGCAGAAAGCCCAAGAACCACAGGACAGGCAGCUGGGGAUGAGUGGAGAGUUGCGUUUGAUUCAGCGGCAGGAGCAAGCGGCCCUGCCUACUCUAGGUCUGGAUCAAGCGAGCAUAGCCGUCGAUACGGGGAGCCAGUGCAAAACGGCGAUACAACUUCGCGGUCCAAUUCCAACGGCCGCAGAACUCCCAACCGGAUGCCCCCAGCUCCACCGCCGCAACAGGGAUCUGGUUUCAGAUAUUAGAUCUACUUCACUUUUUCUAUUUUAUUUUUUUGUUUUGUUUAUGUGGUUGUUAUUCUUAUGCAUUCUUGAUCCUGUUAUAUGGUUUCUUAAUAGUGUUUAUGCACCAAAUACUGAGUCUUUAUGUAGAUAUAAGCUUGGACACAUUUUCUUUCUUGGCGAUCUUGGGGAGGUCUAGUUUGCUAGAUUAUGGGAGAUUGUACGGACUUGCAAGGUUUCCACCUAUACUUCCUUAUAUACAGUGUUUGAGUUCACCUGGAAACUUUGCGAGCAU